AUGGAUGACAUCACCUCGCCCGAACACUGCUCUGUUCAGGGAGCUGACCAAACUCAAAAAGCGCUACCAGAAUCUCUGAUAUACAGGCUGCCAAACGAGCUACUCGUAGAGUGCGCAGCUGCUCUGACAGAGGUCGCAGACAUAUGUGCUCUCAGGUUGACUUGUCGACGCUUCGCCGCAGUUGGUGCCACGAGAUUCACCACGUUCUUCAAGGAUCUAUGCAUCGACCCGACGCCACGCUCUUUGAGCAGGUUCCAAUAUAUCUGUCAGCAUGCUAUUUACAGUAAAGGCAUCGAGGCCGUGCACUACUUCAACAUCACCUGCCGACCAGAAGUCCAGGACUUGGAGAGAUGGCGGCGCUUACGGAGAAUCGAACAAAUUGUGAACAUGCACAAGUUGCCGCCGUCGGCGGUCCAGAAUGCACAUCAGGACCACCGAAGGCGCCGUCAACAGAAAAGGCAGAUCCUGGACUCUGGACUCGACAUCGCCAAGUUAAGGACAUGUCUCCCACUAUUGCCCAAACUUAGCCGCCUAGUCAACAACCCUAGUGAAGAAGGCGAUGCGUCUUUCUUGAACUUCCCACUUGCUUUCAAGUACCACGAUUCGCAUGCGGCCACUGAAGCGGCCUGGAAGGCACGCGCGCAACUCAGUCUGGAAACGCAAGUCUCGGGCCAACUCUACAUCGCGGAUGUGGAUAUGAAUUUCACGCGUGCAGCACUAAGCCAAGUCUUGAAAGUCAUGCCGUCGAUGUCGUGCUGGCAGCAGCCGGUGGAACUUGAAAUAUAUCUGCACAAAAACUUGGUCGAUGACCGCGCGUUUGGGACCAUGCUUCAUGGCGAUGUCUUUCAACGUAGCAUGCGCUGCAUCAAACACCUUUCCAUCGGCGUUAUGGAAGGAGACAUGGACGACGUCACUGGCCAUCGUGACAUGGCAGCAAUCCUGUACCGGAUCUUGGACUGUGCGAAGAAUCUGGAGCGCCUGGUCCUGAAUACAUCGUACCUUGACACUUGCCAGAAAGUGCUCACGACCUGCUAUCUGCCCAAGCUACGCAACUUCAGCAUGCUUAACUCAGCCGUCUUCUGCCCUCGAGGACAUUUCAUGAACGAGGUCUGGAACCACUGCUCGCCAGUCACCACUGUGAAGUUCCUCUUACGGCACAAAGACACUCUGUCCCACGUCGCUCUCAGGCAAUGGGCGGUGGUGCCGGUCGCAGGGGUUUUGACAGAAGGCCGCACCACCGCGGCCCCAGGAGUCAUCAACUUCAUGCAAAAAGUGCUGAUGGCAAAGUUGCAUCAAAUGCAGACGUGUAAUCUGAGAGUCAACUUACCGUCCAGCGAUGAUGGUAUGUGGGCGUUUCAUGAAGACGACAUGGGCUCUAUCCUUCUGUACGGGUCUUCUGACGUAUAUCUUCGACUGCUUCGCAGCAUUCGAGCUUCACCGCACGGGCGGUUUCGACCGACACCAAUAGGAAGAGCUGUUACAGCCAACUGCAUUGACUUGGGGUUCGAGAGAGCUUUCGACAAUCAGAGAACCACUCCGAAAGAAGCCGACGCCCAAAGUCGCAAAGGCGAUAGUGAAGCUCCGGCAUGGCCAAUUGGCCGAAGGACAGGUGACUUCACGGGCCUUGUUAAUAAUCUGCUUUGA